GCUGCCAUCAGACGGAGGCUAUAAAGAUGAAGACGAGUGACGAGCUUCCUCUCACACGGAACACGCGGCGCUGAAGAUGACGGUGUCGUACACUCUGGAGGUGGCGAACGCUCGCUUCGCUGGAUUCACCAAACUUCUGCUCCGAUGGAGGGGCAGCAUUUACAAACUGCUCUAUAAAGAGUUCCUCGUCUUCUGCUUACUGUACGGCCUCUUCAGUGUCGUAUACAGGUGUGUAUUAAGUGAAGUUCAGCAGGAGCUUUUUGAGAGAGCUGCACGUCACUGUAAUAAAUUCGCUAAACUCAUUCCCAUGUCAUUUGUUCUCGGUUUUUACAUCUCAACGGCAUUCCAGCGUUGGUGGGGUCAGUACACCAGUUUUCCUCUUCCUGAUAAUCUGAUGAUGGUGGUUUCGGGGAACGUGCACGGUGUUGAUGAGCGCGGCCGGAUGAUGAGGCGUACGCUCAUGAGAUACGCGAACCUGUCGUCCGUCCUCAUCCUGCGCUCCAUCAGCACACGCGUACGCAAGCGCUUCCGCACACUCGAGGACAUCGUGGAGGCAGGGUUUAUGACUGAGGAGGAGUUAAAGGCUCUGAAUCAUCUGCACUCAGACUUUAAUAAAUACUGGAUGCCGCUGACGUGGUUCGCUAAUUUGGCAUCAAGAGCGAGAGAAGAGGGACGAGUGAAAGAUGACAUCGCUCUCAGACUGCUGAUGGAUGAGCUGAAUAAUUACAGAGGGAAAUGCAGUAUGCUCUUCCACUAUGACUGGAUCAGCAUCCCGCUCGUCUACACUCAGGUGGUUACGAUAGCCGUGUACUCUUUCUUUGCUUUCUGUCUGAUCGGACGGCAGUUUGUGAGGCCUGAGAAAGUGGACGAGCACAAAGUCCACGUGGAUCUGUACGUCCCCGUCUUCACACUGCUCGAGUUCUUCUUCUACGCCGGCUGGCUGAAGGUCGGGGAAUUGAUCAUCAACCCGUUUGGUGAGGACGAUGAUGAUUUUGAAACAAAUCAGCUGAUUGAUCGAAACAUUCAGGUGUCGAUGCUCGCUGUGGACGACAUGCACCAAAACCUUCCUCCUCUCCAGAAGGACAAAUACUGGACGGAUAAAGCUCUGAGCCGUGCGUUCACUCCAGCGCGGCCCGUCUUCAUGGGCUCUACAUACGACAUGAGGGUGACUGAUGAGGACGUGGAGGACGUCAUGGCUGAUUAUCCGAUGCUCCCGGUCAGCGUUUGGCCUCCGGCUGCACGGAAACAGAAGAUAAGCCGAGGAGCGAAGCGACUCUGCUGCUGUAGUAAACACGCAGCAUCUGAUCAGAACACACACGAAAAAGAAGCCGAGAGAAUCGACAUGAUACCGGAUAAGACACACAGUCCAGCGCAGUGUGAGGACACGGUGCAGACGCAGACGCAGACGCAGGAGCAGGAGCAGACGCAGACGCAGUGUGUGCUGGCUUUAGAGCAGUCUGAUGAAGACCAGCACACAGAUCAUCACAGUUCAGAUCACUGAGAGACGAGACGCCGUGAUCACCUCAGAUAAACACCUGACCGUCUCUCGAACAGGAGAAGUUUAACCAGCGUAUCGCACUCACACCGCUCCGUAACGUAAAACAAUUCCUCAGUGUUUAUCUCUGUACUGGAUAAACCAUGGAUUUUUUUUUAUACACAGUCCACAAUGAAGUUAAAUGAAGUUGUGUCUUGGAAGAAAUCAUGUCACAGUCAUGCAACUUGUUAUAAAAAACGUGUUAAUCAUAGAAGUAGAUUAAGAGGCUUUAAUAAACUGGAUUAAAUCCACAUCUGGAUUUCUGUAAAGCUGCUUUGUGACAGUGUGUAAAAUCUGUAAUGUCUAUAAUGACUAAAUCACAAUCUGAGUCAGGGAUAGAAACGGCCUUAGAUCUAGAUUUAAAUAUGAAAACUUGCAAAUAUUAUAUGAUGAAGGUUUAAAUGAAACCUUUAAAGAGACCUCAGUUUAAUGUCGUUUCUCAGAGGAGAGAUUAUUCAGAUUAUCCGUCAGUGUAGAACAUUGAGCUCCACAAUCCAUAAAUAAAUUCUCACACAUUACUGAUGCUUUACAGGAUUUACACAUCAUUACUUUUUAAAAUUGCAUAAAAUAAAUA